UUAUAAUAAGUAAUGCCAUCUCGCCUCGGCUAUGAAAAGGGGCAGCAACAUUUCUACGGCGGACCAGGAUCUAUCUCUCAGCCAAAAUAGCCACGUCCGCGUGUCAGUGGCUGAGGAAGACAAGGCUACAGUGAAGGACACCAGAUGACAAUCUGUACAUAUUGAUCUCGACUCCUUGAACGCGACAUUCCUUCCUCCUCACCCAUCACCCCCCAUACUCGUCCACCGCAUCAAUGAGGCAUGUCGUCGAGCGCAUACCAUCAAUCAAAUGCCCCCAAAUCACCAGCGGAUGACUCGGACUCUGACCUCGACCUCGACAUCCAGGAGCUUGACCCUAUCACCACAUCUAGUCCCUCGGGGCCCUCGUCGUCGCGCAGAGAUCGCACACAAAAGGAAGAGAGGAGGACAGGUCAUAUACCAUUACGGAAUCUGCGUAUGAGUGGGCUGCGAGGAUUUGGCAAACGCAAUAGAGGAUAUGGAGAUCUGGGGCGGGAUAGAGAUGAGGAUGCCCAUGGCCUGUUGAACGAUACACCGGAUCUGGAUGGGGCAAAUCGAUUAUCUGCGGGCAGCUUCAACAGUGCUGAAGAUGACGCGCCAUUACUACCAGGAGGGAGCGGCCAUCGAAGACGGCCCAGUAUCGAGGCAUUCAACAAGCUAGGAUCGCAUAUUCGACUUCCCAGUUUCCUCUCGACUUCAGGAUCUCAAUCAGCGCCAGAAAAUGAAGAGGAGCAGGAAGAGGAACAUGAUCCGGCCUCGUCCCGAACAGUCCAUAUUGGCACCUCUCAAACCUCGCGAUUCCCUCCAAAUGCCGUCUCCAAUGCGAAAUAUACCCCUAUCAGUUUCUUGCCGCGAACUUUGUAUAACGAAUUCUCUUUCUUCUUCAACAUGUACUUUUUGCUCGUCGCGCUCUCGCAAGCGAUUCCCCCUUUGCGGAUUGGAUACCUCUCGACCUACAUCGUGCCGUUGGUCUUUGUUUUAGCGAUUACAUUGGGAAAGGAGGCUUGGGACGAUAUUGGACGGAGGAGGAGAGAUACGGAGGCUAAUUCGGAGGGCUAUACGGUGUUGUGUUUUGAUGAGCUGGGAGUGGGAAAUAAGGACAGGUAUCAUGCGAAAAAGAAAUUGAAGGGAAAGGGCAAGUUCAAGAAGAAUUCGCUGGUCGAGCCGGACAGAUUGUCCGAUAUUCAAGAAGAGGAAGAGAGUGCGGAAAGCGGAGGAAGGCGGCAAUUGCCAUCUUCGGAAGUGCGAGAAGUGAUUCGAAAAUCUCGAGAUCUGAAAGUUGGUGAUGUGUUGAAAUUGGGCAAGGAUCAACGAGUACCAGCCGAUGUGGUGAUUCUAAAGAGCUUCACAAACGAAUCAACAGUAGCUGUAGAAGAGGAGGCCGACUUGCCCCCAGUACCUGAAUCACUUCUGGUUGAGCCUAUAUCCGAUCCCCCAAUUGAGGAAACAAGUGUCACCAUCGCAGAUGCUCGGGAAUCAACAGCGGAACUGGGGAGCACUCCUGCUGCUGAUGCUGGAGGUGUGGGAGAGACGUUCAUUCGAACUGACCAACUUGAUGGUGAGACGGAUUGGAAGCUUCGAUUGGGUUCACCGCUCACUCAGGCUCUUGAUCCGGCUGAAUUCGUUCGGCUCAGAGUUGUCGCGGGAAAACCUGACAAGAAAGUGAACGAGUUUAUUGGGACAGUGGAGUUGUUGCCCAAAGGUCGCAACGGGUAUGAUCCAUAUCUUCCGCGGCGAUCUCCGCUCAACGACGAGGUCACCGUGGAUGAGCCAACUUCAAAUUCGGCUCCAUUGACUAUUGACAACACCGCUUGGUGUAACACUGUUCUCGCUUCGAAUGCGACGACCUUGGCGGUAAUCGUUUACACUGGACCUCAGACGAGAUCCGCACUUUCGACCUCUGCUUCACGUUCCAAGACUGGCUUGCUUGAAUACGAGAUCAACUCCUUGACCAAGAUCCUCUGUGCUCUCACACUCACAUUAUCCGUUGUCUUGGUAGCUUUGGAGGGAUUCGAGCAUGUCGAGGGUCGUGCCCCGUGGUAUGUUAAGAUCAUGAGAUUCUUGGUUCUCUUUUCGACCAUCGUUCCCAUCAGUCUGCGGGUCAAUCUAGACAUGGGAAAGAGUGUUUACUCGUGGUUCAUCCAAAAGGAUCCUGGAAUUGCAGGAGCAGUCGUGAGAACGAGCACCAUUCCAGAAGAAUUAGGACGAAUCGAAUAUCUCCUUAGUGACAAGACUGGAACUCUGACCCAGAAUGAGAUGGAGAUGAAGAAGAUUCACGUCGGAACUGUCUCAUAUGCCAACGAAGCAAUGGAUGAAGUUACUGCCUAUGUCAAGCAAGGCUUUUCAGUUCCUGCCUCAACAGAUCCCAAUCAACCGCCGAUGCUUAUUACUCCUUCAUCAACCUUCAUGGCGUCUACUACAGUCACAGCUACCCGAACACGUCGAGAGAUCGGAGCUCGUGUACGUGAUGUUGUCUUAGCUUUGGCAAUCUGCCAUAAUGUCACACCCACUGUUGAGGAAGAGAAUGGUCAUACAUUUACCUCUUACCAAGCGUCUUCGCCGGAUGAGAUCGCCAUCGUGAAAUGGACGGAACUGGUUGGACUUAGAUUGAUCCAUCGUGAUCGAAAAGGUAUGCUUCUACAGUCGGUCGAUACAGGUAGACCUGUCGUUCGAGUCCGCAUCCUGGAGGUCUUCCCUUUCACAUCUGACGGAAAGAGAAUGGGUAUCAUUGUCCAGUUUAUGGAUGGAUCUGAGAAACCGGGAGUCACUAGCCCUGAUGCCGGCGAGAUCUGGUUCUACCAGAAGGGUGCAGAUACCGUCAUGACUUCAAUCGUUGCUGCAAAUGACUGGCUUGACGAGGAAACUGGUAAUAUGGCUCGAGAAGGUCUUCGAACCCUCGUCGUAGGCCGGAAACGUCUGUCUGUACAGCAGUACCGGGAAUUUGCGGCCAACUUCAAAGAAGCCUCUGUGGCAAUUAAUGGUCGCGAUGCAGGCAUGGCUCGUGUAGUAUCCCACUACCUUGAACGAGAUCUCGAACUUCUCGGAGUUACUGGCGUCGAGGACAAGCUACAGAAAGAUGUCAAGCCGUCUUUGGAACUUCUCCGCAAUGCUGGCAUCAAGAUUUGGAUGUUAACUGGCGACAAAGUCGAAACAGCACGCUGUGUAGCCGUUUCAGCCAAACUCGUCGCCAGAGGUCAAUAUAUCCACACAAUCGCCAAGCUCAAACGAAAAGACAACGCCCAAGACCACCUCGAUUUCCUCCGCGGCAAGAAAGACUCCGCCCUUCUCAUCGACGGCGAAUCCCUCUCCCUCCUCCUAACCCACUUCCGCAACGACUUCAUCAGCCUCGCCGUCCUUCUCCCUGCCGUAAUCGCCUGCCGCUGUUCCCCCACCCAAAAAGCAGACAUCGCCCACCUGAUCCGCGACUUCACCAAGAAACGCAUCUGCUGCAUCGGCGACGGCGGCAACGACGUCUCCAUGAUCCAAGCCGCCGACGUAGGCGUCGGAAUCGUCGGCAAAGAAGGCCGUCAAGCCUCCCUCGCCGCUGACUUCUCCAUCACCCAGUUCUGCCACCUCACCAAACUCCUCGUCUGGCAUGGUCGCAACUCAUACAAACGCUCCGCCAAGCUCGCCCAGUUCGUCAUCCACCGCGGACUCAUCAUCUCCGUCGCCCAAACUAUGUACAGCAUCGCCAUCAAAUUCGAGCCCGAAGGCCUGUAUAAAGACUGGCUGCUGGUAGGAUACGCUACAGUUUACACGAUGGCGCCAGUGUUCUCUCUCGUGCUAGACAAGGACGUUGAUGAGAACCUCGCAAACUUAUACCCUGAACUCUACAAGGAGUUGACAACUGGCUCGUCCCUCUCAUACCGCACCUUCUUCGUCUGGGUUGCAGUUUCCAUCUACCAAGGUGGCAUGAUCCAAGGCCUCUCCCAAAUCCUCACUGAAGUCGAUGGGCCGCGCAUGGUCUCCGUGUCCUUCACGGUACUCAUCCUCAAUGAAUUGACUAUGGUGGCGUUUGAGGUCACGACGUGGCAUCCCAUCAUGAUUGUUAGUCUUGUGGGCACGCUGCUGUUGUAUUUGGGUAGUAUACCGUUCUUGGGAGGGUAUUUUGAUCUGGGGUUUAUUGUUACGCUGUAUGUUUCCCCCUUUUACUUUCCCUUCCACUCUUUGACCUCAUCUUCUCCGGCCAACUUGUGAAUUCUUACUGACAUUUACAUCUAACAGUGGAUUCAUCUGGCGCGUUGCAGCCAUCUCAGCAAUCUCUCUCAUCCCGCCGUAUGCAGGGAAGUUGAUAAGAAGGGCUAUCAAACCACCGAGUUAUCGGAAGGUGCAGGGGAUAUAAAUUUUACCCGUAGCGAUUCGAGGGGGAUAGAAUAUGGUUGGGUGGAGCCUGUUUGGUAAGGUAGAGGAUCAGGUUGAGUUGGAUUCAGUUACAGCAUAGCGAGGCGUUAUUGCUCUUUACUUGUUUUUAAAUUCACUGGUUUACAGCACUUCAUAUCAGGAGUAGGAGUAGAAAUACUACUUCACUUCCUAGUUUUUCACUCCUAGCCACGUCUCCUGUGGUUUAUAUUUCUCCCUCUAGACUUGAAUCUUCAGAAAAGAGGUAAGCAGGGGGGAAGAGUAUAAAUAAACCUCUCCUCUUCCUAUUCCAUCUCCUCCUCAGACAUGAUCAGAAACAAAUCGCAUGGAAACCCUUAUGUCUGUUUGUCCUGUCCUGUUCUCUUAAUUCAUCAAUGACUCGCUGAGAUGUUCGAAGGUGGGUUCGAAGGUGGGUUCGAUCUUUCAUAGGCCACUACCCUUCGCAGACCGGAGGACACAUUUUUGAAAAGUUUUGAAAACGGAAAAGCCCUCCUUUAGUUGAUUGUUGAUGGUGAGGAUGACGAUAAAGAUGGAAUGAAAGUGUACUUGGCAGUGACAAUGACGAUACACCUGUAGAUGACAACGACACCCUCUUUCGUCUUUCACUCCAAGUCUUUCAAAUCCCAAAUUUAAUCACUAAUCUAUUGUGAACCCACCUAUUACUCGAAAAAUACGCUCACAAUUUUACCUUUAUCUCUGCUCGAGUUGAGACCACAAGACCCCAUGGCACACAAUGCUUCCAGAACCUCGACGUCGAUUAUAGCUGCUGCGCUUGGUCUGAUUUCCAAAAUCGAUACUCGGGGUGCGUGUGUAUAUAUGUAUGUGUGUGAGUGGGGGUUAGCUGGAGUAGUG